GCAUGCGCAGAGGUGUGUUCUCUUCGCGUGAGAAGCGUUUGUUGGCUGCAAUUACCAUACGACACUGCGGAAAAGAAUCUAGUGUUUGUAGACACAUUUAAGACGGAUUGGUUGUAACAGGGACUUGACGCUCCUUUAAUCGGAAUUUAAAUCCAAUUCAAACACCAAGUACCAUGUUUGGAGGUUUCGGCGGAGCUUUCAAGAACUUGGGAUCGAAGGCGGAGCAGUUGUUUGAAAAGAAGAAAACUGAUGUCGAGGACAUAGCGACUCAAAAGAAGCAGUUGGCGAGUGAGAUGCUGGAGGAACAGGCCAAGAAGACUGGAGAUGCCAUAUGGUCAACCAAGUCAGAGCUUGAAACCGCGGCUGUCGGUGGGGCGAUGGACGCCAAGCACACGGCAAUCGACGCUUUGGACGAGGAAUUCGGCAAGGUAGAGAAGACUGUGGACGGUACCAUCGACCAGGCAAGUGCAGCUGUGGACACAAAGCUGAAAGAAGCGGACAAAUUCAUCGAUGAAAAGAGAGAGCAGGUGGGGCAAGUGGUGAAGGAGACGACGCAGAAGGUGGCCGACACCAAAGACCAGACGUCAGCAUCCGUCCUCGGCAAGGCGAAGGGCGUCCUCAAUUUUUAACUUCAAAACAUGCACAAAGUUGUUGCCUAGCCACAAAUGUGAGCAUCAAGAGGACGACAAUGUUUCCGCUUCCUCCUGCCUUUCUACUUGCUUUUCACGUGUUCAGUGGUGCAACGGAGAACAGACAUACUACAUCCUGUGUGCUUUUUGACAUCUUCGCAGACGCAGAAGACUGCAAAACCAAGUUCCCCAUUAUGAAACACAUUACACAGUCAGAGGAACAUAUGCUGCUACUCCAAUCUGUUUUCAUAGCUGUUCUUAGUGAAAAAACCACACACGUCAAUACUUGGCCUAUAUCAUUGAUAUUGAAGCAAACACAAAAAAUUCCAGAAUUAACCAUAUUUAAAACAACACCAAGUUUCAUUCCAAGUAGAAAUUUCUUCCACAUGUCCUUAGAAAUGGAAUCCUGUACCUAAAUGUUUAUAUGUAACCAUGUAUGUAUUUUUUAAACAUCAACCUCAAAAUGGUAUUUAAAACUGAACAUGACCUGCAACCUUUUAUUUCUUCAAAAGUCACUGGUAAAAAUACCUACUUUACUCUUCUCUACUCCUUCAUGGCUUGCACCAGGAACAGCUUUGCUUUACAAAUAUCAUCAUAAAACGAAAAGUUAAUUAUGUACGAGCAAUGUAAUAUGUUUGUGUAUUCAUGAACUGGACUGGAAUAUAGUGUUACGUCAGUAUCAUGAUUGAAACAAAUAUAUGGAAAUAAUUGUCUCAUCAGAAGAAAAAUAAUGGUUCUGAAGUUAGGAAUUGUUUAAUUUAAUAUUUUGUAUAAGAAUAAUUUGAUACUUUGAUGAAGAAAGUAAAAAUUAUGGCAGCUAUUUGAUAAAGUAAAGCGUAAGCAAUCAUUAACAGAGAUGGCUGGAAAAUUACUGUUAGUGUUUCUAUUAUAUUUGUACAGACAAACCCAAGGAGACAUAUUUCAUGAUUUUUACUCAUGGCAUUAAUGAAAUUUACAAAACACGUUGUUGGGGAACUUACAGAAUCAAAACAGCAGAGAAAUCCAAUACAAUGGAAGCGAUAAUAUUGUUUAAAGGAAUUAAUACUUCUGUUUGAUCAUCAUAACAGUGUAAUGAAAAAUGCCUUAUGUAAGUAAAAACUCAUUUGCAGCCUACGUAGGAGACAGCAGCUAGUAUUCUGGAGUAUGCUAACAAAGCAAUCCAAAAGUGGAAAUUGUAAGCAGUGUAUGAUUAACCAUGACCAAGGAGAACACAGAAUAAACCAAUUCAAAUUAAACGAAUACAUGAAAUGAGGGAUAAUUAAGGCAAUAUUAACUACAAAUAAAGAAAAAUAACAAA